AUGGCAACUGUUCCUGAACUCAACAGUGAAAUGAUAGCUUUCCACAGUGAUGAGAAUGACCUGUUCUUUGAGGUUGAUGAGCCCCAAAAGAUGAAGUGCUGCUUCCAAAGUCUUGACCUGAGCUAUCCAGAUGAGAGCAUCCAGCUUCAAAUCACCAAGCAGCAUCACAACAAGAGCUUCAGGCAGGUGGUCUCAGUCAUCGUGGCUGUGGAGAAGCUGUGGAACAUACCUGUCGCUGGCCCAUGGACCCUCCAGGAUGAGGAUCUGAGAACCUUCUUUUCCUUCAUCUUUGAAGAAGAGCCCAUCUUUAGUGACUCCUGGGAUGAUGAGCUGAUCGUGGCUGAUGUUCCCAUUAGACAGCUGCACUGCAGGCUCCGAGAUGAACAGCAGAAAUGCCUCGUGCUGUCUGACCCAUGUGAGCUGAAAGCUCUCCACCUCAAUGGACAGAAUAUAAACCAACAAGUGGUAUUCUCCAUGAGCUUUGUACAGGGAGAAACAAGCAGCAACAAGACACCUGUGGCCUUGGGCAUCAAGGGAAAGAACCUGUACUUGUCCUGUGUGAUGAAAGGUGACAUGCCCACCCUGCAGCUGGAGAGUGUGGAUCCCAAACAAUACCCAAAGAAGAAGAUGGAAAAGCGAUUUGUCUUCAACAAGAUAGAAGUCAAAAGCAGGGUGGAGUUUGAGUCUGCACAGUUCCCCAACUGGUACAUCAGCACCUCUCAAGCAGAGCAUAAGCCCGUCUUCCUGGGGAACAACAGCGGCCAGGAUUUAGUUGACUUCACCAUGGAAUCCGUUUCUUCCUAG